AUGUCAUCGGCCAAACCGCAGCUCUUCGAGCAGACCUCGCAAUACCGGCACUGGCGUUUUACGCCUACGUCCUUGGCACAACUACGCGCAGCCAACAACAAGCAGGGCGUCGAGCGCGUGCUCCAAGGUCUUCGCGAAGAGGCCCAAGUUGACAACGACCGCAAUACAUUAGAGACCCGGAUAUCUGAGGCAACCAAUAACCUUUUGUCUCCUGAGGAAGAGCUCGAGCUCAUCGACUACUAUUUGCAAGUGACGGUUGCUUACGCGCGCAUGUACGGAAAAGGAGCGAUAUUUAAACCGGAAGCUCUGAACAACAUUAAAUCCACAGCAGUCAACUUUAUGAAGCGCUUCUACCUGCAUAAUGUGGUAUUCGACUAUCCGCCCAAGAGCAUUAUGCUGACAUGCUUUUAUUUGGCAACCAAGGUGGAGAAUUCGUUUAUCAAAAUUGACGAUUUUGUUCGCCCGCUGAAUGAUGUUGUGGAUAAGAAUAAGAAGGGUGUCCGGACAAAGAACGAAGAUAUCUUGGACUUGGAGUUUGUCGUUAUACAGAGCCUGCAGUUUGAAUUGGCCGCCCACCAUCCGUAUAGGCCAUCGUAUGGCCUGUAUUUGGACAUGCAGGCUUAUAUCGAGAACAACUUGCUGAAGGAGGUGUAUGACAGGACGCAGUACUAUAUCGACCAAUCGCUGUUCACGGAUCUAAUAUUCUAUUACCAGCCGCCACAGAUUGCGCUUGAGAAGAACUUGGAUAUUGACAUGUACCUCACACAGCGCUUCGAGGCGCGCUCACUCGAGCUGCUAUACCCGAUCCUCGACGAUAUACAGGAGGUUAUCGCUAACAGGAUAAAUGCAUCUGUCGUCGAUAAGAAGGAGGUAAAGGAAAGGGCCGCGCUCAUUGAUCGUAAGCUCAUUCUGUGCCGCAACCCAGAGAAGAACCCCAACAGCAAGCUGUACAGAAAAAAGAUUGCUGACCGAGAUGAAGCGCAGUAUGUAUCAGACUCGGGCUCUGAAUAA